AUGGUGCUACCUACCUGCUUUCUGACCAUUCCGGCUUUGCCGACCACCGUCAUCUCGUCUGGCUAUCACGUCCCAGCUACACUUGCCUAUGCGCCGACGAACACCAACUAUUUUGGUGCUACAUCGUGUGGGCUGAACUCCUUGGUCAAAACAACGCGGCCCGCCCCAACAGUUCAAUGCACCCUCCCUCCUUCGAUUUCAGGCAAGGCGUAUUCCGUCACGCCCGUCGUCUAUGUCCCCCGAUCUGCUUCAUCAGAUGACUGGCCCUGGUGGCCCAGCAAGACUGAUAACUACACCUGCGACCCAAUCCCGGUCGCCAGCAUCAACAAGGGCAACUUCCAGUUCGCAUGCAAGGGCCUGCGCGGAAAGAACAUGGGUACAGGCUUCCAUUCAAUCAGCUGGAAUUUGCCUACGGCUGCGGGCAUCUCCAUUUCGCCUUACAACUUCAUCGCCGUCCCGCCCACUUCGACGCCCAAGUAUGUGGUCAAUACGGCCAAGGCCAAGACAAGUCUGGUUCCGACGACCAGUGCAGCUGUGACCAAAACGACUACCGUGACUGAGGUGUCCACGGUCACAGUGAGGGUUACCACCAGGACGACAACUUGUUUUGAAACUGUUACGGUUACACCACCGCCCAUCUCUGGCCGUCGUCUCGGCCGCGCCGACAACAGCGCGAACCUCGAAUUCGGCCCUCGUGUUCGCCGUGCUGGCGGCGCAGGCCUUCUCCAGCCUGGCUCGGGCCCCAAGUUAGCUGCGUCGAACUCGGUUAUUAUCGAUGAUGUUGGUGCCGGACGGGAUUCUGCUCGUGACGACCAUCAUGGCACCGACAGCAGCACCGACAUGGUUAUGGACCUUAAGGAACGGGCCGCCACUUCUGCAGCUCCAACCAUCGGCAAGCCAGACUUCACAUACCCGCCUUAUGGAGUGACCACAAUCUACGUCAAGAGCAUCAGCACCUCCUUCUGGACCGUCACCAAGUACUCCACUUCCUUCAGGGCCAGUCCAGUGCUUACCACGACCAUCUCGGUCGCGUCGUGGGUGUACAGUACUGUCACGGUUACUGCCACCCCUGUUCCGCAAUCAACACCCUGA